CGACGCGGACGCGGAACUGCUGGGAAGCGCCCGUACCUCAUUUGGUCGCAGCAAUUCUGGUCCGACAGUCCGCUUUGGGGACUUCCCGGAGCGCUAGAGUGCCAGAGGCCAGGUUCCGCCACCCCACGGCCGACACAGCCGCCGCUUCCGCCCCCCUCGGCCUCGGAGCCAAUGCGGGCCGCAUCCUGGAGCCCCCGCCUCGGGGCGGGACCAUGAGCCUCCUGGGCGGUGUCGCCUCCUCACCGCGAACGCGAGCCCCGCAGCCGUCCGGCAAGGCCAGGAUGAAAAAGCUUCCGAAGAAGAGCCAGAACGAGAAGUACCGGCUAAAGUACCUGCGGCUGCGCAAAGCGGCCAAGGCCACGGUGUUUGAAAAUGCUGCCAUUUGUGAUGAAAUUGCUCGUCUUGAGGAAAAAUUCCUUAAAGCAAAAGAAGAAAGAAGGUACCUGCUAAAGAAGCUUCUCCAACUUCAGGCUCUAACUGAGGGGGACGUACAGGGUGCAGCUCCUUCCCACAGCUCCACUUUGCCCCUGACUUAUGGUGUGGCCAGCUCUGUGGGAACUAUAUCGGGAGCUGGACCCAGCACUGGGGCUGAGGAGCCAUUUGGGAAGAAAUCCAAGAAGGAGAAAAAGGAAAAAGGAAAAGAGAACAACAAACUGGAAGUUCUGAAGAAAACAUCCAAGAGAAAGAAAAUGGAGGGAGGUGCUCGCAAGCUGGUCCAGCCCAUUGCCCGGGAUCCCUCUGGACGGCCUAUGUUUCCCAUCGGACUAGGGGGUCUAACAGUGUAUAGCCUGGGGGAGAUCAUCACCGACCGACCUGGCUUCCAUGAUGAGAACGCCAUCUACCCUGUGGGCUACAGCAGUACUCGAGUGUAUGCCAGCAUGAAGUGCCCAGACCAGACGUGUCUGUAUACCUGCCAGAUCAAGGAUGGGGGCGUGCAGCCGCAGUUUGAAAUUGUUCCUGAAGACGACCCCCAGAAUGCUAUUGUCAGCUCCUCUGCAGAUGGUUGUCAUGAAGAACUGCUCAAGACCAUCAGUGCUACUGUGGGGAAGCUAAUGCCUAACCUGCUUGCAUCAGGAGCUGAAUUUUUUGGGUUUUCUCAUCCAACCAUCCUCAAUCUGAUACAGGGUUGUCCAGGAGCUCGAAAGUGUGUCAAUUACCAGUGGGUAAAAUUCAAUGUUUGCAAACCUGGAGAGGAACAGCUACACCAGGGAGCACCAGAGAACGAGGCAGCUGCCAGCUUUGAAGCUUUUCAGAGACAGACCUUUGAUGAAGAACAUCAUGAUCCCAUUCUGCCGGGAUCCUUGGACCUCCCUGAGCUGCAGCCUGCAGUCUUUGUGGCCUCUUAUGAGCCCGAGUUCCUAACCCAGGAGCCCCUGGUGGAGACACACUUGCAGCACCUGGAGUCUCCACCACAGUGUAGCCCAGUCCAGUCCUCAGACUGAGCAAGGAGAAACCGUAGCCUCCUCUUCACCAUGAGGAAUGUUUUUAACUUGGAAUAUAUGGAAGAAGGCAGCAAUCCGGAAACAAAGAAGAUAAUAUAUUUCCUCAUGGAGGUUCCUGUGGUAACAGCAUACCCUGAGAAAAACCUCACUUGCUUUAUUUUUAGUAAUAAAUUUCUCUUCACAGUUCUGCUUA